AUGUCACGCGGAAGUGUAAGUAAACAAAAACAAUCCUCUCCAAGUGUAAAAAAUGAUAUGGACAAGUAUGAAGUUAUUAAAUUAUUGGGCGAAGGAUCGUUUGGACGAGUUUACAAAGCGAAAGUAAUCGCAGAUUCAUCUUUUGUUGCCUUAAAAGUUAUCUGUAAAGGUCGAAGAUCGAACAAGGAAAUAAUUGGUCUACGAAGGGAAUGUGAAAUUCAAAGACAUUUGCAUCAUCCCAAUAUUAUACAAAUGCUUGAUUCGUUUGAAACUCCAAAUGAGAUUGUAGUCGUGACCGAAUUCGCCCAAAAAGAACUAAAUACAGUUCUGGGCAAAGAAGGUUAUUUGACAGAAGAACGUGCAAGUCCAAUUAUUUGGGACUUAGUAUCAGCUCUCAAUUAUUUACAUUCUCAUCGUGUUUUACAUCGCGACCUGAAACCGCAAAACAUUCUAAUUGAUUCAAAAAACCGCGCGAAAUUAUGCGACUUUGGUUUUGCGCGAAAUAUGAGCACUGGAACUCACGUCUUAACCUCAAUUAAAGGAACGCCUCUUUAUAUGGCACCAGAAUUGAUUGAAGAACAACCGUAUGAUUAUAAAGCUGACUUGUGGUCACUUGGUUGUAUUAUGUACGAGUUGUUAGUGGGAGCGCCGCCAUUUUGUACGGCGUCCAUUUUGCAUUUGAUUCGAUUGAUUCGACACGAACAGAUCCGAUGGCCUACUUUGGUUUCGGAAAGUUGUGUCUCUUUCCUCAAAGGGCUUUUACAGAAAGAUCCCUUGAAGAGAAUCAAUUGGGAGCAAAUUUUGAAUCAUGAUUUUGUCAAAGGACACAUUUUGAUUUGUAAUGACUCGACUAACAUGCCCUUGACUCGAGCCCUGUCUGAAAAUACGCUACAAGUGCAAGAACAGCAAAGAAAAGAGCGAAUGACUAACAAGGUGAAAUCAAGCGAAUCGAAAGUUUCAACACAAGACUUGAAAAACAAUAAUUUAUCAUCAUCGGUUCGAAAUGACACUUUUAUUGAAGAAAAUCAUCCGAUUGAAACUGAAGAAUGGAUUGUUUUUUUGCAAAAAUCAAUGGAGGAAGUUAUCGGAGGUGAACUCACUUCGUUGACACAAACAUACCUAACUAACAUAAUUGUGUCACCGUUACGUAACACUAACACAAGUCCGAAAGUGUUGGUUUAUGUCGCUAAACUUUUAUCGUUACCUUUCGCUCUUCGAGGAAUUUCACACGAGACCAAGGAACAAAUCAAAAAAGUGUUUCUCGAAGUGAAGUUGGUUCCAAAUUUGAUUUACUCCUCCAAAAAAAUAAUGAAAGUCUUGGACAGUUCCAAUGAUGAAACGACUUACAAAAAUAUAGCUGAUUUAACAGAGGAAGAUUUUGAAGCACUUGAAUGUGUCUAUAUGUUGAUUACACAUUUGGUGCAUUUGGAUAACGAGUUUUUGAGUCAAUUGUGUGAUUCCAUCGCUGUUUUGAAUGUGUAUGCGAUUUUGAAAUCGUUUCUUUUGAUUUGCAAAAAUCGAUUACAACUGGUUAUGGAUUUGUUGGCGAUUUUGACGCAUGUUUUGCGCGUUUUUCCCGAACAUUUUGAACUAGUCGAUCGAAUUGUUUUGAGUGAAGGGAAAAGUGUAAAUUUUGUGGAAUUGUUGCGACAUAAUAAUCCCCUGAUGCAAGAACGGACGUGUUUUUUUCUUUUGUUUUUAGGCAAACAUUUGCCAACCAAUAAGGUGGAAGUUUUUUGGAAUGAAACUGUGAGAGAGACUUUGGAAGCUCUAAUGUACGAUUCAAUUGGAAGUGUUAGGAAUGCUGCUGAUCGCACUGUUGAAGAACUUAGGUACUUAAAAAACAAUGAUUUAUCAUUAUCCGUUCGAAAUGACUUUUUUAUUGUAGAAAAUCAUUCGAUUGAAACUGAAGAAUGGAUCGUUUUUUUGCAAAAAUCAAUGGAGGAAGUUAUCGGAGGUGAACUCACUUCGUUGACACAAACAUACCUGACUAACAUAAUUGUGUCACCGUUACGUAACACUAAUACAAGUCCAAAAGUGUUGAUUUAUGUCGCUAAGCUUUUAUCGUUACCUUUCGCUCUUCGAGGAAUUUCACACGAGAUCAAGGAACAAAUCAAAAAAGUGUUCGUCUUAGUGAAGUUGGUUCCAAAUUUGAUUUACUCCUUCAAAAAAAUAAUGAAAGUCUUGAAAAGUUCCAGUGAUGAAACGACUUACAAGAAUAUAGCUGAUUUAACAGAGGAAGAUUUUGAAGCACUUGAAUGUGUCUAUAUGUUGAUUACACAUUUGGUGCAUUUGGAUAACGAGUUUUUGAGUCAAUUGUGUGAUUCCAUCGCUGUUUUGAAUGUGUAUGCGAUUUUGAAAUCGUUUCUUUUGAUUUGCAAAAGUCGAUUACAACUGGUUAUGGAUUUGUUGGCGAUUUUGACGCAUGUUUUGCGCGUUUUUCCCGAACAUUUUGAACUAGUCGAUCGAAUUGUUUUGAAUGAAGGGAAAAGUGUUAAUUUUGUGGAAUUAUUGCGACAUAAUAAUCCCCUGAUGCAAGAACGGACGUGUUUUUUUCUUUUGUUUUUAGGCAAACAUUUGCCAGCCAAUAAGGUGGAAGUUUUUUGGAAUGAAACUGUGAGAGAGACUUUGGAAGCUCUAAUGUAUGAUUCGAUUGGAAGUGUUAGGAAUGCUGCUGAUCGCACCGUUAAAGAACUUAGGUGUAAAGAUUUUUAUAAACUGUCUAUUGUGAAACCAACUUGAUUUUAAUAAAAACUUAUUAUUUUUA